CUCUAAUGUACACAAAUUGUUUACAGCUACCACAAAUAGGUAUACGACACUACAUGUCAGCAAACGCAACGUCGACAAGCAACACACCUCUAGGGACAGCUCAGCAAGAGUCCAUUAACUGCCAUACACACUGCUACUGAGACAGAAACCCCACCCACUCACCACUGACUGACAGGAAAACAAUGGAUGACUUGGAGGAGAACUUGAGAAGACUUCUUCGAGGAGAGUCCAUCCCGAUGUCGCACGUUGAUGUCAGAGUUAUAGAUGCAGAAUCUUUUGUCCCACUGACAAAGCUGUCGAUUGGCUACAUUGUGUGUGGGGUUCUCAUCAAUGACAAGAAUGAGGUGCUGAUGAUGCAGGAAGCAAAGCGGUCUUGUUAUGGAGACUGGUACCUGCCCGCUGGGAGACUGGAGCCAGGAGAGAACCUCGUGGAUGGAGUGAAGCGUGAGGUCAAAGAGGAGACUGGCCUCGAGUGUGAGCCGACAACCCUGAUCAGUGUGGAGUGUAGCUCGGGUGUCUGGCAUAGGUUCACCUUCACAGGCAGAGUCACAGGAGGCAAUCUGAAGUCAACCAAGGAGAAGGAUUCAGAAUCCUUACAAGGUCGCUGGAUGAGCAUGGACACCAUCAAGAGCUCGGAGACGCAGCUGAGAUCUUUUGACAUUCUAAAGCUGAUCAAGUGUACCCAGAAGUACUAUGCAGCGGUUGAAGCAGCUCGUCACCCGGCUAUGCUACCUGCCCUACGUGACCACUGCAUCCUGGUUCUCAGACUCGUGAUUGUCUUCAAGUUGGAUGACCGAAAAGAACAACUUUUGAUCAACACCAAAAAUGGUGCCCACUUCCCAAGUGGGAUGAUUGCCCCCCGGGAUCGGGCAGUAUCUGCGUGUUGCAAGAGAGUUGUGAAGAGUGCCUUUGGCAAGGCACAGGAAGUCCCAAAGGUCUGUGGUUUGUUGUCUGUGGAGCAUUGUGGGAUACCUAAAGGUGAACAUGACGGUGUGUGUUACACAAUGGUGUAUAUGUAUGAAGGCCUGGGGAGUGACCAGACGCCCCAGAUAAAGAACCCAAGCUAUGAGUGGAGGAGUCUGCAUGAUGACAGUUUACACACGGAGCUCCUCACUCGGAUUCAGCAGGAGCUACUUGUUCCUUUAAUUGACUUGCACUGAACCUUCUAUUUGUCAUUGCCAAACUUUAACAUGCAUUGUGUGGGGGAUGUUCUACAGUGUUUUAAAGUGCUGUCUGUGGGGUGCGUUAGGUCUGGAUUGUGUGACUCAGCUAAGGUCUGAAUGAGAGGAUGGGAUCUGAUGAUGUGUACAUGACAUGGACAAUGAUGGAGAGAGCAAACCAAGACAAAUAGUUGCCUAGCUUUUCCAUCCUCGAUUAUCCAGGGUAUUACAGCUCCAUACUGUUAGGAUUAAUACCCUUGAGCCUAUCACCAUUAUUGCUUUGUUUCGGAAGCGAUGUCACCAGCUGAAGGUCUGUAUCACUCACUCAUCAUUCCUGUCACUCAUAAGCUUCAAAUCCACAACUAAUAAGAAUGAUCCUUUUGAACUAGAGUUCGGCAUAACAGUCUCACAUGAGCGAGAACUUGGUAAAGAAAAGAGUUUUUGAAUCAUGAAACCUAUUAUGAAUUUUUUGCUGGUAAAGAUGCUUUCCUGAGUCUUACAUUUGGUGUAAAUGUCAAUGCUUACAAAUGAUCCCAGUUGUAUUUGAAAUAGAAAGCUGGGUGAGUCAAGGACUGUUGUAUUGCCUCUUGUGUCAAUCAUAAAAAGCAUUCUAAUUUGAUUGGAUGGCUAUUUGUAGUAUCAUGUCGACUCAAAAUGAGUCUAUGGUGGCAUGUGGUUCCUGAGUAUUUGUCAUGAUACAGUGCAGAUAUAAUACCCUGGAUGAGAGAGGAUGGACCUACUAUGCCAUGUGGAAUGAUUUCACCCAAGUGAAAGAAACUUAACCUGCGCAGAUGGUCUCCCCCAUCAAUCCCACAUCUUAAUUAUUGUUAUACAGUAUUUGACAGAAUUGGUGCUGCUUCCCUGGUAACUGCCUCCAUUAUCAGCGCUUGAGAUGUAACCAUUGAUCAGCCUAGUGACAUUGCAAGUGUCCAUCAAUGACAAGUUAAGAUAUCAGCAGUUACCAACGAUAUCCUCACUACAAUAUAGGGAGUAUUAAUAAGUGCAGAGUCCAUAUACGGAUAUUUUCUACGUGUAUUAUUAGGAACAUAGAAGCAGUGCAUGAUGCCGUUUUUCUUCGUAGCUAUUGUAAGCUAAAUAAACCUUUAACAUAUUUACAAUAAAUGAUUGCUGUUCUUUACAGAGUCAAGGAAAGUAACAUAACUAGCCUUGGAUCAAAGAUAUGAUGGAAAUAAAGUCUGUAAACUCUCAGGGGGCACGGUUGGCCCAUUCGUCUAAGGUGCCACGAUUCGCUGUGCAGAGUUGCGUCCCUUGGGCACGCCAGAAACCUAUGAUUGUGGGUUCGAAUCCCGG